AUGGGUGAACUCACGUCUCAAGCGCCCCGCUGGCCAUCCGAGCAUGCUGAUCGUCUGCGGCUCGCGGAGCCACUCACGUUUGAGUUCUCAGGGCGCACUACAUCAAACCGGUUCAUGAAAGCACCCAUGACUGAGCAAUUGUGCACCUUUGAUGAAAACAACAUGGCAGAUAACGGGAUCCCAACGCAACUAUACCAGCGGUGCUACGAUAAAUGGGGCCGCGGAGGGAUGGGCAUGAUGGUUACGGGCAAUAUUGUUCUCUAUACAAAUGAGCUGAUGUUUAAGGGUGAUCCUAUCAUCCCCCAUGAUGCUCCCUUCUCUGGCGAACGCUUCGAUGCUUUCAAGGCCGUGGCAGCCGUAGGAAAAGCCAAAGGCGCGCUUUUCGUUGCCCAAGUCAAUCAUCCGGGUCGAUACAGCAUGUUUGUGGAUUCGCCCGUCUCGGCAUCAGCCAUCACGAAACCAAAGGUUAAAAAUGGCCCCUGGGAACUUACAGUCACACACGCAGCCACCCAAGAGGAGAUUCGCAAUAUUAUUGCCGCUUUUAGUCAUGCAGCAGCGUAUCUGAGCGCGGCGGGCUUUGAUGGCGUACAAUUACAUGCUGCGCACGGCUUCCUCAUGGCAUCAUUUCUGGAUGCAAGUACCAAUAUCAGAACCGAUGUGUACGGUGGCAGUCUAGAAAACCGCAUGCGCUUCAUCCUCGAAAUAGGACGGGAGAUCCGCCGCGUCACGCCUCCCGACUUUAUCCUGGGUAUCAAGAUCAACAGCACCGAGUUCCAAGACACCGGCCUAGUAACCGACGAGGCUGCCGUUCUCUGUCGCGAGCUCGAAAAAAACAGCUUUGACUUCGUCGAGCUGAGCGGCGGUUCGAUCGAGAAGGGCAACAUGUUCUCGCACGUGCGCGAGACGACGCGGAAGCGCGAGGCCUUCUUCCUCGAGUUCGCGGAGAAGAUCGCGCCGAAGCUGAGCAAGACGAAGGUGUAUGUUACAGGGGGCUUUGUAACGGCCGCAGGGAUGGUCAAUGCGCUAGACACGGUCGAUGGGGUGGGCCUCGCGAGAGCGCUGUGUGAUGAUUGGGAGCUGUGCAAACGCCUGCUGGAUGGUGAAGUGGAUGGAGCGAUUCGAUCUGCGCUGAAUCAGGGGGACUUCUGGCAGGGACUCAUGGCGGGUAACAGAAAUAUGCGGCUCGUCGGGGAAGAUCAAGAGCCAAAACUGUAUUGGACUGCAGAAGCGGUUGAGGAAUUGAAGUUAUGGUAUGAAGCUUGGGCGUCGAAUAGAGGCAGUUGGAAGAACCUAACCAUUGCGCAAUAA